CCCUAGACUCUAGAGUUUCAACAAGGACGGAAAUAGCUGAACCUCCUUGACAAAAGACUUUGCGCAACACCUUGUCGGACAUUUCAGGCUAGCUUCAGUAGUGUAUACUUGGACAUUUACCAUGGAUUCAGUAUGUAAUAUCCAAUUAAUGAUUUUCCUGCUUUGUGCAGUCACUAUCGGUGUACAAGGAAGGUCACCACGAAUUUUUACUGGACAGGAUCAAAAGGAUGGCACUGUUCAGGUGGACACGGUGACCACUGAAACGCUUCAGGGCGGGCUAACCACGGUCUUUCUCCCUAUCAUCUACAUCAUCGUGGUUGUGGUCGCUUUGCCGCUCAACGCCAUGGCCAUCUGGGUCUUCCUUUUCAGGACCAAGAAGAAGCACCCAGCCGCCAUCUACAUGGCAAACCUGGCUCUGUCCGACCUGCUGUUCGUGGUGUGGAUCCCGCUAAAGAUCGCCUACCAUUUAAACGGGAAUGACUGGAUCUUUGGCGAGGCCCUCUGCAAGGUGCUGGUGGGAUUUUUCUAUGCGAACAUGUACUGCUCCAUCCUGUUCAUCACCUGCCUGAGUGUGCAACGCUACUGGGCCAUUGCUCACCCGCUCUCUCACCAGAGGAAGAACAAUAAGAUUGCCAUGGGCGUUUCCAUCGCCAUCUGGGUCUUCAUCUGGCUCUGCACCACCCCCCUGUACCUCUACAACCAGACGGCCACGAUCAGCGGCCUGAACAUCACCACCUGCCACGACGUCGGCAUCAUUGACAACAUCAAGUACCCCUUCUUCUACUUCAUCUUCAUGGCCGUGUUUGUGUUCCUCGUCCCGGCACUGGUGAUAAUCGUGGCGUACGUGCGUCUGCUCCGGACGCUGGGAGACUCCAUGAUGGAGGAGAGCGCGGGGAAGAACCGCCGCAGAGCCAUCCUGCUGAUUGUCACCGUGCUGCUCACCUUCCUGCUGUGUUUCACGCCCAGCAACAUCAUGCUGCUCGUCCACUACUCGUCCAUAAAGGCUGGGGGCAAAGACAACAUCGGCUACGCCUUCUACAUCACCACGCUCUGCCUAGCCAGCCUCAACAGCUGCCUGGACCCGCUCAUCUACUACUACGUGUCGGAGGACUUCAGGGACAACGUGAAAAACACGCUGCUGUGCCGCAGCAACCGGACGGUGGAGAGGAUGAGGGUGUCCUUCAGCUCCAUGAAGUACUCCAAGAAGAGCAACGCCUACACGUCGUCCAGCGGGAACACGGAGAGCAGCACCUGCUGAGCCCGCGGACGAGCGCAGAACACGCGUAGCCCCGGAGUUUAUUUCCCCAUCUGCUGGAACAUGCGAACACGGACACUUUAAACUCUGCGUGAACAGCACAGGCCAAGAAAACGCACAGCGACGCUACCCAUGUCCUCUGUUUUUCAGGUUUGCUUUGACUGAUAAAUGUGACUGAGGUUGGAAAAAAAUCAGUGUUGUGACGCUGUUGUUUCAACCACCUUCAGAACUGUAGUUUGUUUUGUUUGGAAUUUUAGCCCACCGAUCUCAUAGCUUGUCAGCACAUUGCUUUUAGCUAUAAUCAAGCAGAGGUGUUAUUAGGAUGUCAUCUUUGGCUGGGCAUUUGAAGGCAUUUAGCAAUUUCUGUGCGUUUGUGAUCUUUUGUGAAUGAUAUAAUCAAGCAGCCUAAUUAAACCACCUGCCUCAUCCCCAUCCCCCCAGUGCAUUUUUUGAUGACCAAUGACAAAAUUACCAAAAAAUAUGAACACUAAACAAACUGUGAUUCCUCUGGGUGGGCAAGGCUUAUCUCAGCACACUGGUAGACAUGCCCCUGUAGACAAGUGUCUGUUACAGUGCACCUCAAUAACACCUGCUGUUUUCUGUGGUUAACACAUUAACACUGGCAUAAUGUACAUUUGUCACAAUUUGUGUGCAUAAUUUAAUUAUGUUAUUGACAUUAUUUCAAGUUUAGAAUCUGUUAACUUUUUUAUGGUUAACAAGCUAAAUAUAUUGUCUUUUUCAAUAAAAUGAUCUAUGAUAACUGGUCAACUGAAACUCACUGAAUUGAUAAUGGCACCAUUGUAAUUUCACAAUAAGGACAGUUUCUCGCAUAAAGCCACUUUUAUGUUUGAGGCUUUUGACUCAGUAAUCUCUUUCUCAAAUUGCUAUUUUUAAACUAGUUCAGGAAAAGGUUAUUUCCAAAUUAAUAAACACGUGUUACCCAUAUCCA